GAACGCACCCUGACCUUUUACCUGGUCCGUUACAGACAGUCUAUGGUUACCUGCAGCCUGCUGACCGUUACGUUAACGGGACCGUGUGUGACUGACAGCCCGUCGCCCGGUGAACCGGCUCUCGCCGUUUACCGGAGCAGUUACCCGGUCAGAGAGAGAGCAGUUGGCGGGUCAGAGGCGGUCAGAGCGGGACGGCUAGCGGCUAACAGCUAACAGUGAUGGAGGAGUUCCUGACGAGCUGCCAGCGGGCCGUGAAGGCAAACACGGGUCCGGCGGCUCCAGGGUUCCACGUUGUUCUGGGGAAUGAGGCCUGCGACCUGGACUCUAUGGUGUCAGCUCUGGCCUACGCCUACUUCCUGUCCAAGACUCUACACAGUGAGAUGCUCGCUUUGCCGCUGCUCAACAUCCGUCAGUCGGAGCUGCUGCUGCGAUCAGAUAAUGUUUUCCUGCUGCGUCAGACCGGUUUGUCUCCAGACCUGCUGCUGUUCAGGGACCACCUGGACCUGCAAUCACUGCAGCGAGACGGACGCUUGCAGCUGACACUGGUUGACCACAACGUGCUGCCCAGUUCAGACAGUGACCUGGAGGCGGCGGUGGUGGAGGUGAUCGACCACCACCUGCAGGAGAGAGAGCCCUCCCCCUCGUGUCCUGUUACCGUGGAGACAGUGGGAUCCUGCGCUACCUUGGUAACUGAACGCAUCAUCCAGAAAGCUCCACAAAUCCUGGACCAGCAGCUCGCCCAGCUGCUCUACGCUGCGGUGGUGCUGGACUGCGUCAACAUGUCACCUGCUGCAGGUAAAGUGACUCCUAAAGACAGUCAGUUUGCUGCUGCACUGGAGACACGCUUCCCUUCUCUGCCACCAAGAGGCGCUCUGUUCCAGGCGCUGCAGAAUGCCAAGUUUGAUGUCUCAGGUCUGAACACUGAGCAGAUGUUGUUGAAGGACAUGAAAGCUGUUUCAGGAAGUUUGAAUCUUGCCAUCUCCGUUCUCUAUGUCACUCUGGAGGAGUUCCUGCAGAGGGUGGAGUUGGAGACAGAGCUUUCAGGUUUCUGUCAGAAGUUUGGAUUUGAUUUGCUGCUGCUGAUGACAAUCUCUUUCACUGAGAACAAAGAGCCAAUCAGAGAGCUUGCUGUGUUCAGCCACAGCGCCACUUGCAGGGACCAGGUGAGCCAGUACCUGGAGCAGGCCCGUAGCCCCGCCCUCGACCUCUGUCCAAUCAGCUGCCCCCAUCGUCUCCUGUCAGCCUAUCAGCAGGGAAACACUCUGGCAUCCAGGAAGAAGCUCCUCCCCAUCGUGAAGGACUUCCUGAGGGAGCGGGACGGAGACGGUCGCCUUGGAGACGGUGAGGAGGAAGAGUCUGGGGUCCCUCCCACCCCAAUGAACAGCCUGGUGGAGGGCUGUCCUCUGGAUGGGGGGCUGCCCAGCAUCAGUGCCCAAGACUUGGAGGAGAAGUUCAGCAAGAUGGCUAACAACUGACCUGUCAAUCACCAGGACGCUCCGACAGCGAAGGAACCACGAAGUGAAAAGAUCCAGCUGGUUCUGAUCUAUCUGAUCCAGGUCCAACAGAACCAACAGGUUCUGAUCCAGAUCAAAAAGAUCUUACCGAUUCAGAUCCAAAAGUUCCAGAUGCAGCAGAUCUAACCUUCAGAAUAAGAGUCAGCUGUCAGUGGGAUCAGUGUUCUUCAGGAGUUUAUCAGCCAAAAACAGUUGAUGCCAAACUGAGAGUUCAGGUCACAUCAGAUCUGCAGUCAGAGAACCUGUCAGUGUUUGUUUUUUAACAGAACCAACAUCAGAGACACAAAUAAAGACAACAUGAACAGACACACUGAGCUUCAUUUCAAACAGCUGAGCCAGAACCUGCUCACAGAACAGAACAUCACAGAACCUGAAUCUGUCUACACACAAAGAAAUCAGCACCAGAUCACAGAAACAGAACCAGAACCUCAGUUCUCCAAGAAAAAACAGAAAAUAGACCGCAGAGGAGCUUCACAGAUUUAAAGGUUUAUUCUGGUUGUUGCUCAUUAGUGUGUCUGUUGUGUGCCUGUGGGUUUGACUAACUCUGCCUGAAGCAGUGGAUGAAUAUGUUGGCUGUGGGAUGUUAUGCUUUAUCUUCAUUAUUCAAUUGUGACGCGGUUCCCUAAACGCCUCACAGUCAUCAGUAGAUGCUGCAGUUUCCAGAUGUUCCCUAAAUGCCUCACAGACAGAGAAGCCUCUAGUUUCCAUCAGUUACUGCAGCAGCUCAGACAGCUGAGACCAAACAUUAGAUUAAACAGAGUUAAUAAGGAGUUCUGAAGUCACACUUACCUUAACCCAGGUGAGUUUAUCCAUCAGACUUUUUUCUGUGAGCUGAACUUUUUAUGAUCACAGUUGAUUGUGUUCAUUGAAUUGCUUGAAGUUAAAACCCUGAUUACAAUGUUUUGUAACUUGUAACUGAAUGUGGUAUUAUUUUUCUUCACUGGUUUAGUCAGUUUGCCUGCUCUCUGCUCACCAGAUGAGUCUGAGUCUCUUCCAGCCUCCUCCUCUACUUAUAAAUCAGAGAUAAACUCAGCGUGACCCACAGAUACACAACAGAUACACUAAUGGAAGCACACCAGGCUGAAUACACCAGAAUGAUCCUAUGAGGAAAUAUUAGUGAAUAGAAUUUAAUGCACUUCAUCCCACUGAGUUCAGUUUUACCUUCUACAAUCAGCAACAAACAUAUUACUUGAUAAGAAUCAGCAGGUGGAUGUUGUUUUGUUUUUAUAGGAUGAAAUUUAAAAUGAGACAAUUCCAAAGACAAUCAUCUGUUUCCAAAUGAAAACCUUCAGGUUUAAAAUAAAGUUUCAGCUAAACCACAAACUGCAGCUUUAGUCUGAUCACAAUGGCAGGAUUUUCACAAUAAGGGCUCCAAAAAGGGCAGGGCUUUAAUUGUGAAAUAGGAAAAGGAUAUCUGUAGAAAUAGGAAGUUACAACAAACUGUUAGAGACGUGGAAACAUUUGUGACGGUUGGUUUGAGCUUUUCUGAUUCCAGCUUCUGCAGUUUAAGUUUUUGACCUGAAACCUGGUUCUCAUAUAAUCUGUAUUUGUGUUUGUGUUGAAACUGAAGUCAAAUGUCAGAAUCAGGAUCAUUUUAAAACCACAGAAACAUGAAUAGCUUCUCACAUUCUUGAUUUCUUUGCUUUAACUGAAGCUUCAUGUUCCAAAUCAUAACAAACAGGCUUUACUUUUGUAAUUUAAAGCUACAGGUAAAGUGUUUGACUUCAAUGUGUCAUCAUUUAGAUUUAAAAAAUCUAUUAUUUUGUCAAAAAAUUUGACCAACAGCUUCCAAAUAAAAACACUGACUGCA